AUGAGUAGAUUAGAUCGGUUUCUCGUGGCGGAUUCCAUUAUCAACAAGUGGGGUGUGGUUGGUCAACGGAUUUGUUCGCGGGAUAUUUCCGACCAUUGUCCUAUUUGGCUUGUCAAGGAUAACGAAGAUUGGGGGCCGAAAUCUUUUAAAAUCAACAAUGAAUGGUUCGCUUUCAAGUCGUUCAUUCCUUUUGUUGAAAAAUCUUGGAAGGAAAUAGCUAUAGAAGGAAGGAGUGAUUUUGUCCUAAAGGAGAAGUUUCGUAUUCUCAAAGAGAGACUUAGGUGGUGGAAUAGAGAGAUUUUUGAGAGGAUUGAUUUAGAGGUGGAAGAAGAGGUGACGGAGAUGAACAAGAGAGACUCUUUGUUAGAAGUGGUUGAUGAAGGAGAUUUGAUUAAUAUUAUCAAAGGUAGGAAAGAGGCUUCAAGUCGGUUUUGGUUGAACUUGAGGAUCAAAGAGAAUAUGCUCAUCCAAAAGUCAAGAUUAACGUGGCUCAAUGAAGGAGAUUCUAAUAGCGGUUUUUUUCAUAAGGCGAUGAAAGAAAGGAGAAGGCAUAAUCACAUAGGCCCCAUUACCUCUUCUAGGGGUUUGUUAGAAUCGGUCAAUGAGGUCAAGGAGGAAGUCUUUUCUCACUUCGCUUGUAAAUUUGAGGAGACGGAUCGGAAUAGGCCUUCUUUGGAAGGUAUUCCUUUUAGAAGCAUUAGCAUGGAGGAAAGAUCUUUUCUUGAAGCUCCGUUUGAGGAAAGUGAGAUCAAGGAGGCGGCGGUGGUGUCUUCUUUUUUGUCUUUGAUACCUAAAUCUUCUAGUCCGCUUAGCUUGGAUGAUUAUAGACCCAUAUGUCUUAUUGGGUGCAUGUACAAAGCUUUAUCAAAAUUAUUGGCGGGAAGGUUGAAAGGUGUGUUGAAUUCCAUUAUUUCUUCUAACCAAAGCGCGUUUGUUCCGGGGAGACAUCUUCUCGCCGGUGUUUUGAUAGCUACUGAAGUGGUAGACUAUGCUCAUAAGGAAGGUAGGAGUUGUUUUCUUUUUAAAGUUGACUUCGGGAAGGCCUACGACAAGGUGAAUUGGAAUUUUCUAAGGUUCUUGUUAAAGGAAAUGGGUUUUGGGGAGACGUGGAUGAGAUGGAUGGAACUUUUAGUUUUUCAAAGUAGAAUGUCAGUUCUUGUCAACGGUAGUCCGACUAAGGAAUUUACGGUGGAGCGUGGUUUGAGACAAGGAGAUCCUCUUUCUCCGUUUCUUUUUGUCAUUGUGGCGGAAGGGCUCACGGCGUUAGUUAAGAAAGCAAUUGCCAUAGGAGAUUACGAAGGAUUUAACAUUAAUGGAAAAUGCGAGGUCGACGUUCUUCAAUUCGCGGAUGAUACUUUAUUGAUUGGGGAAGGUAAUUGGAAGCAAGUGUGGGCCAUUAAGACGAUUUUGAAGGCUUUCGAAUUAGUUUCCGGACUCGGCAUAAACUAUCACAAAAGUAAAUUGAUAGGAAUUAAUGUCACUAACAAUCUUUUAGAAGCGGCUUCUUCUCUCUUGGCUUGUAAGGUGGAAGGAAAAGUCUUUUCUUUUCUAGGUAUCCGUGUUGGUUCGAAUCCUAGGAGGAUUUCGACUUGGAAUCCGCUUUUGGAGAAACUCAAGAAGCGUUUAUUGAGUUGGAAAAAUCGUUUUCUCAACUUUGGAGGGAGGAUUACUCUCAUCAAGUCUAUACUUUGUUCUCUAUCCAUUUUCACCAUGUCCUUUUUUAGGAUGCCGGUUGUAAUACGGUAUGGUGACAUUUGUUUGCAAAUUACCAUUGGUGGAGACUUUGUUCCGAAUAGCUCUUCUCAAUCUAUAUGGUGGAAAGAUAUUUUAUCUUUAGGGAAGGAACCAUCAAAGGAUGCCAUAAUCAACAAUUGCAAAUUCAAGGGGAAUUUUGGAAUCACCGAUUCAGUGGCUGGAAGCUCUGCUCCGCUUGAUGUUUCGUCGCUGUUUGCUAUCCCGCCGACGCUGCCGGAUGCUGCUGCUAAUUCCUUGCUAUCCGGGGCUGUUUCGGCUACUAUUUUGCAGCAGCUGAAAGUGCAUACUGCUGCUGCCAGUUGCAGCCAGUCGGGGCAAGAUUCUGUCGUUUGGGAGUUAGGUAAUGAUGCAGGAUUUUCUGUUAAAUCAUGUUAUAAUUUCUAUGCUGGUUUUUGGCAUCCUUUUGGUCCGAACAAUUUGCACGAUGAAGCUUUAAAGCUUGUGUGGAGGAUGCAAGUUCCGUUCAAGACUAAAGCGUUCGGUUGGAGACUUUUAAUCAACAAGUUACCAACAAAGGACCUUUUGAAGAUUAGAGGUAUGAUUUUUUUGGAUGAUUCGGUUAAGUGUGCUUUUUGCAAUUCCGCUCACGAAACUUUGGAACAUCUUUUUUUCAAGUGUUAUGUUGUUAAGUUAAUUUGGAGGGAUAUAGCGGAGUGGAUUGGUAUGUCGGAUGUAACGGAGGAAGACCCAAUGGGGAGUUUCAUGCUUUGGUACAAUUUUUGUAAAAACAUGAAAAUGAAGGAGGGGAGACUUAGUUGUAUUUGGUUGGCUAUAACGUGGAGCAUUUGGAUUGUUAGAAACAGUAUUAUUUUUCGGAAAGAUUCUUGGAGCGUUCUUAAUACGAUUUGGUUUAUUAAGGCGUUGGUGUGGAGAUGGUCUUUCAUGGGGGAGAUUACUCAUCCCAAUUGCAAUUUCUACGAUUUUUGUAAGGAACCGUUGUUUUUUCUAUCGUAG